AUGCUGUUGAUAAUCGCUGUUUGUGCUCUGUUGGUUAUCUCACAGAGUCUUGUUAGUGGCGAAUCCGAACAGAAAAGGGCCAUCAGUAUACCGCUAUCACAGGUGCAAAUUAAACAAAUUAUUAGCGACGACAUUCUAAAUAGUGUUCUUGAGACUUUCAAGGAUGGAAUUGAAAUCCAAAUUUUAAACCCAACAAUAGAAGGCAAUUCUUUAAAGUUUGAUUUGGGAUUCAAAAGGAAAUCUGUACAGAGUCUUCGAGAUGAUAACAGACAGGAGGACGAGGAACAAGGUGAGAAGAGGAACAAGAGGCACCGAGAUCAAAGCGAAGAACGAGAUCCGGAAGAAGACGAAGUUGAUGAUGACACUCAUGAACAAAAUGAUCAAGAUACAAUCAUUCAUGAUCAAGGAUUCAACACUGGAUUUCUGUCAUUCGGAGAUAGUUUUGAAAUGAUGGAUACUUCAAUGAUUUUUCAGCCAACAGGGCAAUUCACACCCCAUGUUACCUGCGGUGAAUUAAUGUCCAGGGGAAAUGUUAGUGGUGCUGGUUGUGUAAAGGAGAGUUGUUGCGCCAGUAAACAACAAGUUCACCAACCGGGUGUUUGUCAGGGAAGAGACGUAUGCUGCUUCUCCGCUAACAUCUGUCGGCAAGAACCCACAACACAACCACCGACAACACAGCUCACAACCGUUGGUCCGAUCGAUGUUCGACAACUCACAACCGCCGGCCCGGUUGAUGUUCGAGCACCACGAGAUAACUGUACUGGACUUGUUGUUCAAGGCUCUACUAGUAUUGGUUGUAUACAGAAUGGUUGUUGUGAAGGCCACCGUCAAGUGGCCAGAUUCUGUCCAGGCACUGAUGUUUGCUGCUUCUCUAAAGAUUUUUGUGCCGCUAAAGCUGAGUGUAGCAGGAGAUCAAAGCAGCUAGCUUGUAGAAUUCUGGAUCGUGAGAGAGAUGGAUUGAUAACGUUAGCGAUGAACCAUUCAUCAUCAGGACAUCAAGACUACGCUUAUCCCAGAUUAAACCUUCAACAUACUUGUAAUAAUCAGAAAUCACAAAGAUCGAGUUACAGCUGUCCAGAUUUGUGUAAAACCUCCCCAGCCCCUGGCGGAUCAACAUGUCUAUCGCCCAAAAUGCUUCAAUAUAUCGAAUCGUUAAUAAUCUCCAGAUUUAAUGGAAUAUACAUCACAGCUAUAACUGGGGGCUGUCACAAAUGUGGCUCGAAACAUUAUGAUGGUCUGGCAGUGGAUCUGAAAAAACAAGGGGAUUUCCAGAAGUUCCUCUCCAGGUGCAGAUCAAUGGGCGGCAAAGGCCUGGAUUCAGAUGACCAUAUCAAUUGUCAAUUUUUCGAGUAA